AUGCCGUUGUACUCACAUAGUCUACGAAAUGAAACACAUAAACAAUCAACAACAAAGCACAAGAAACUAUCCGAGGUUUCAUCAUCAGACCAAAUGACUCAUCGUCUGAGAUUCGUUGCUUCAAAGUGUCUUCUUGUUAACUCAGCAAAAAAUAGCAAUCACAUGACAAAGUAUGAUUCAAUCGUAUCUAAUGUCAAUCUUCCAAAAACCACAGUAAUUCAACCGACAAAUGGCGAAAUGUGA